UUCAAUACUUCCGCAUUGAAAAAUCAACACAAACAGUGAAUAAGUCAAUGUCAUUAACAUUGUUUUAAAUGCAUGUUAUCAACAAAUAUCUGGUUGUGGAUGUGUAGUGCUCUAUAUGGGGUGAUGGCGUAAUUUGUUAGCAGUAUCAUCAUGGAAUGUAAACGAGCUAAACGUACAUUUUCAACGGCACAGUAAAUUCAUGGUGCACUUUCGUUUUUGAAAGUGUCUAUUGUCUAAUGUGAAAUGUUUCCACUUAAAUAACGUAGACUUGACUUUUAAAUGUAUUUAGUAAAAAUUGCUAUUUCACUUUUUACAGAAAACUGCAAAUAAACUAUUGCAAAGGAAAAUGUCGGAUUACCGGGAUGUAUUUCGAAGGCCGGAAACCCAGAACUGGUUUAAGGCGGCCAUGGGUAUGAAUAUCACACGUGAAUGCCUGCUCGACAUUGUAAAAGAGGCUAUGCACGAAUUUUAUCAUACCAUCCGUAAAGAGAUAAAGCGAAAACACGGUAUUCCGGAGAUCGCUGUCUGCAGUCAAUGUCACACUGCAAACGUGCUGCCCUGUGAUACCGAUAAUAAGUGCUGCAAAUACAGAAAAUGCGAAUUUCAUGCAAUUUACAAGCCGCAGAAUUGCCCCGGUAACAAUUUAUGUAACAACAUUUGUAAGGAAAUUGUAGAAAAUCACCGAUUUCGCAAUCGUUCAAAGCCAAAAAGCGUUCAAGGCCCCACAUGGGUAAACACUGAUGCGUGCAAAUGGUGUGUACACUCUUGGCAGAUUGCCAAAUGCUAUCUCUCAAAAGACGGCUACAAAGAUGCAAACAAAGCAGAAGAUACCGACUUUAAUGGCAUAGUAAAUGUCAUAUACAACUGUGAAUUCUUUCAAAGGUAUUUCACGGACGACUUGUCACAAACGGAAAAUGUCUGCACAAAGGCUAGAGAUGUUGGGCGUGACGUUCGCCAUGCGCCCUCAAACGCCAUGACUCAACAGGAGAGUGACCGAGCCAUCGACACUCUAGUAGCGUUGUUGCAGAGCCUAAAAAAUGCCGAUCACCAGGGUGCUUCGAAGUCUGCCGUGGACAAAAUAACACAGUUGAAGAACAAUACACUGGCUAUAACAGACGAAGAUGUUACGAAGAUCCUUGAAGCAUUCAGAGAAAGUUUGACAGAAGAAAUCAAAAGAAUUCUCUUAUACGAAAAGGAUAAACAUGUAGUUACAAUGGAGAACACGGGCAAAAGCAUCACUGCAGAAAUCAUAAAAGCUGGAGAAGAACAAAUUGCGAUUAUAAAGAGGACACAUGAAGACAAUUCAUGCAUAAAAAGCAAACGUGCAAGGAAGGGCUUGGACUCGGACCAAGAUCUAGGAAGAACUGGCAAUGACAUUGCACCGGGCGCAUCGAUUGAGAGUCCAUUUGCAAGAGACAGUCCAUUAUUCAAAAUUAAGGCCUGGUUAAUAGAACAGUACCAGUCGAAGUGUGUCGCGCCGGUGUCGAUGCUGGAUCCUGACAUAGAUGUACCUUUAGAACGGAUCUACGUUCCCCCGUCCAUCAAGGAACUUAAAAGAGGCCAUGAAGAUAGAUGUGGCGGGAUUGAGACGGACAAUACAUCAAGGGAGGAAAAAGACGUGAGUUGCUACAAAGAGUUGCUUCAUCGUGACGGGAAUCAGAAUAAUACAAUGUAUAUCCAAGGCGAUCCUGGUUGUGGCAAAACGACCUUUUCAACUAAACUGGUUCUUGAUUGGUGUAAUGCCCAUUCAGAAAAUGGUGCCAGUACUAAGAAAAAAAGAAAAGUCACUACCAGAGGAAAGGCGUCAAACCGAACAGGUUUCAGCGAUCUUGACACUUUGCGAGACUACACAUUUCUGUUUUUUGUGUCAUUACGUGAUUACAGUGGAACCAUGUGUAACGUCAGUCAGAUGGUCGUGGAAGCCAUACAAAGCAACAAACUACCUUGGGAUGACAGUGUCUGGGAACAUAAAUGUAUUGUUCUGACAGACGCCGCAGACGAAUGGUACCACCCUGACCCAUCGAAAUCUAACUCAGCGUGCAAGUGUAAAGAUCGAAGUAUGCCACAGUAUUUACAAAGAAAUAACAUUACAAACAUUAUAACCGCACGCCCCUGGAAACUUGCCAACCUCAAAAUGAGCGAUACGUCAACUCGUAUAUUCCAAAUUUCGGGAGUUUUGGACUACAAAACCUUGGCGGAAAAUGUCAUUAAUAAUUUAGCUGAGAAAGACGGUAUUUCGCAAAAGGCGCAACAAAGCAAAUGUAAUGAUUUCUGGAAGAAACUAAAGAAUAAAAACAUGGGAAAUCUCAUGACAAUACCAGCUAUUUGUGUGCAGCUCGUUCAUCAGUUUUACGUUGGACGUUUAAUGGAAGAUUCACUGUGUGCUAUAUACAUGAAUAUGCUAGAUAUGCACAUAGCCAAGGGAUUGAAAAAACUUCAAAUUAAAGAUUUUGACGAUGAAGAAAUUUGCGUUAAAGAAAUAAAACACAUAUUUGGAACCGGAAACAACGAGUAUAUGUCGGCUAAUGGGUCGCUGGUUCGCUCUGCAAGUGCGCUUGCGUUUAAAACACUAACAGACUCUAGUAAAGAAUCGUCGCUAGUCUUUGUGGAAAACACAAUCACAAACCACAUGACGAAAACACAACUUGAUUACUUACUACAGACAGGGAUUAUCACAAAGAAAAAAUCGUUGUCUCUUAGCUCUGGAAAGAAUAUUCCAUACAUGUUCGUACACAAAACUAUUCAGGAGUUUCUAGCAUCGAUGCAUAUUGCAAUUAAUCAGGUGGACAUUGAAGACAACCUGAACGCCAUACAGUCGGUGUAUUGUGAUGGUAAGUCAAUUCUGGACAUCGGUCAGUUAUUUAUCUUCACGUGUGGGAUGUGUGCUCCAGUGGCUGAAAGAAUGUCAAAACACAUGAUGGAUGUCAUAACAAGCGACAUGGAAAGCAAGCUGCUUUCUAUUUCAGACCAGGAGAUGAAUCUAUUUUCCACGCCUUAUUUAGCACAAAGAAUUUUAUUGGGUGGCUUUAUUGAAAGGUUGGCGAAUAAACAGCCGUGCUUACAACUGACACUCACUCAUAUAUCACUUGAUGAUUAUACAAGUCGUACCAUCAAGGAAAUCGAUGCUUUAAAUACGUUAAUAGAUAUGAACAUCUCAAACAUCACAAGCAUACAUGCAAUAUACAAUUCUCAACAGGAAUUAAAUCGUGUACAGGAAAUUAUUUCGCAAUCGAGAGAAUCAUUGUCGUAUCUGCAGCUUGUAGACUGGAUUCAAUCAGACCUACAAGUAGACCUACAGGGUCUUAAGCUCAAGAGCUUAUCAUAUAAUGGAGGUACCGUUUUUAGUAAUUUAGACUGCACCUAUAUGCGUUCGUGUUAUAUGAGCUGUGUAACACCAUUAUCAGAGAGGCGCAUCUUACAAUCGAUGUCCGUCACUGGUAAAAACAUUACACAUCUACAGCUGGAGUGUGUUAUAUUAAAAUCAAUUGACCUCUGUGCAACUCUUCUAAACCUGACUAGUCUACACACGCUUAUAUUAACUCUUGAGUCUUUUAAAUCAAUUGACCUUCUCUGUGCAGCUCUUCCAAACCUGACUAGUCUACACACGCUUGCAAUAGAAUAUGUUCAUUCAAUUGCCUUUCAAUAUGCAGAUCUUUCAAACCUGAUUCAUGAGACAAAUCUUGCGGUUACACUGCUGGGCUAUCUUCCUGAAUCGAUCAGAAAGGUAGUUUAUCGCGGUUGUUAUGUUUCCGCUCAAGAUGUAAAGUCAAUGGUGGAAUGGUCAAAAUCACGGGACGCGUGUGUGCGUUGUGUAUUGUUGGGCUGUCGUAUACCUGCCAAUGAGACGGAUACUUGUAACUGGAUGAAACAGCAGGACGGCAUUGAUAUUACACAAUGUGAAUUCAAAGAAUAUGGCACAUUUAUAUAUCUAUCUUUUUCCUGGAGCACCAUUUUAUCAAAGUGACAAUUAUCAAACAAGUUGUCACAGAUUCAAGACGAAAAGAGAGUGACAUAACACUAAGCACGUAGACAACAUUACAAAUUUACAUUUGCUUCAUAAUUCGAAAUUAAUAAAACUAUACAGAAUUAAAAACGCGAAAAGUGAAUAAUCUAUAUGUGCUCUUUUCUUUUUUUGUGUUCUUUAAAUUUGGUGGCGACGCUCAAUUCACUAAUAUAAAUAUUUAAAUGAUUUUGACUCGAGCUUGGACAAAAUGCAAAAACCGUAAACAACACCCUUUUAUGUUAAAUAAUAAGCUUUCGCUUUACUGUGUAAUUAUUAUCAAUUAUUUAUACAACUUCAUGAUGUAGCUAUACAUUCCAUUUGAAAAACGAGUGAAGAGUUUAUUGUUUACGAGUUUGUGUUUUGUCUCUGGUGCUUUGCAUCUCACGGAACACUGAUGUAUUCUAUUUCACUGGUCCUUCGAGAGUUUUAUACGCCAUUGAAUUAUGUUAAAAUAAGUAUUUUUAAUAUAAUAUGUUUUCCAAUUAUUAAGUAACCUAUUCCAUGAGACAAUAUAUUGUGCUGUUUUGUACAGAAUAUGCAAUAUAUAUAUAUAUAUAUAUAUAUAUAUAUAUAUAUAUAUAUAUAUAUAUAUAUAUAUAUAUAUAUAUAUAUAUAUAUGCAUUGUAAACCUCCCUUUAUAUGUUAACGACUCGUAUAAUUUAUGUUAUGUGUAAUCAUGUGUUAUUUAUGAAUGAAAAGAACGCACUACCUUCGGAAGAACUUCUAACUAUACAGUGCUGAAAUACAUUUGUAUCAUAAACGGCAGAUUAUAUCACAGAAAUGUGAUGUUAAAUCUUGUAAUAUUCCAGAAAUUGUAUUUGAACGUGCUCAUUCUUUUCAAUUAUCAAUAAUUCGCUGCACUUGUAAGGACUGAAUAUUUUUUAUUUAAUUGUACAGAUGGUUUAAUUUAAGAUGAUAUUUUCCUAAUAAACCUUUUUUAUACUUCUCUUCACAGUUUCUGUUAAAUCUGUUUCCAAAUAAAUAUCAUGACUGAGGUUGUUAUAGCACAUGAUUUGUGUAAUUAUUAAUUGUGACGUAUAUACUACACGUGCGUUUCGUCUUAGUCUUCGCCGCUUUCCUUGCGCGUCCUUGAUCCGACUAUGAUUUAAGGAAGUAGUUAAAAUAUAGCAUUUUAUAUUUUAAAAUCCUUUUCACAUUGCUGAGACCCUUCUUGCAAAGAUAUUGUUCAUCAAACAAUAUACACUCAAGCAUUGGCUUUCUAACGGGCUUUAAAGAACAUAAUUAAUUCUAUGGACAUUUAAUGUAUUAAAUAAAAUGUGUGCAAACAGUG